CUGUGAUAUUACAGCGCAACAUGUAAAAGUAUGUGUAUAUAGUUUAUUAAAAUAAUAUGGUGAUAGUAAUCAGCAGCGUUAACAUUUUAUUCUGCACGGACCAUCGAACAUGGCGGCGAUGUUGCGGGAAGGACUAACAUUAGUUUUGUUUUGUAGCGUUUUGUUUUACACUUCUGCAGCUCAACCCAAAAAAGAACUGGAACCUUGUAAACCCCAAGAUUUUGUUCCUCAUGUUUUACCAUGUGAUGUAAACAGGGAGAAGAAGGUUGUUUAUUACUUAAAUAAAACCUGUGACCUGAAUUCUAAUACCAGCACAAAAUACCCACCAAUUGUAGAAGGUGUGCCAUGCGAUUGUCUGCCAGGUGAAGGAGAAGUGGAAGAGUUUCCUAACAUCACUUGCAAAAAAUGUCAGCCUGGUUUCUACAGCCAUGGGGGUGAAAUGCUUGAUGACUGGACAAAUUGGAACAAAACUGGCGUACCAGGGCACGCCUUAGAUGUUUUUCCAUAUUGCAGUGAUUUUCUGACAGGAAAACGCUGCAGCACAUGGCAGUCAAGAGGAAAUGGAGCUUAUCUGAUAUCUGGCACCCCAAAAAAUUCAUCGGACCUUCAUUGUUUUGAGCAAUCUAUUUUGUCCUUAAGUCGGAAUUUUGUAGGGAAGUCAUGGCAUAAUCAAAUUUCAUUCAGAUAUAAGGUGGAUGGUUCGCCCUGCAGAAGAGGAGCUACAGUGUGUCCUAAUGGCCUUCACUUCUAUAUAAACAAUGUACUAAGAUUGAGAGUGGAUUCUCAGUUUCAAUGGACGACAUUCAACUACAAUAUCUCAGCAGGAUUUAAUCAAUUCAAGUUUGUUUAUCAGAAAACUUGUACAAGAGAUCAAAUUGAAGAUGUUGCCUACCUGCAAUACAUCUCUAUGGUUGGUACGGAGACUCCAAACACAAAAUGUAUAAAGUGCCCUCCUGGUACAUUCUCUGAUACACAAGGUGCAAACAAUUGUAUCAAAUGCUCACAAAAUUUUUACCAGGACCAACCAGGGCAACAGGAAUGUAAGCCCUGUAAAGCUAAUUUUUUUUCUCGCCUUGGAGGAACGAAAUGUGAGCCUCUACCACCGUGCACACUACAGGACUACUAUUUCGCUAUUGAAGAUAUUAAACAAUGCAGAAAGAAAGCUGGGAAAUGGAUUUUAACACAAACCGCAAAUUUGCCGUUGCUUCCAGGGAACACUCACAAUUCAUGCGUAAACAAAACAUUACCUCCUAAAGAUAGGGAUGUGCCGUGUGCGUGUCAACCAGGCUAUGCUCUUAUUACAAGUGGAACACCAAAAUGUGUGGAAUGCAAAACUGGAACAACAUCAAAUGGAACAUUGCCAAAGUGCAAAACAUGUCCAAAGGGUAGUGCUGCGAUUCCUGGCUUUUACUUAGAUUUCUUCCCCGGGGAAAAGCUCACUAGUGCCAUAACGCAAAGAUGCAGUGGUGAUUGUCUAAAAACUUUCAAAAAGAAUGUUAAUAUUUGGGAACCCAGGGGACAGUAUUUAGCUACUCAUAGAUUUGCGGGUAACUUUGACUCCGUUUUGGAAUUUCCAGAUGUGCAUGUGGAUUACAUAAAUGCAAAAGUUUCUUUUAACUGUUCUGUGGAUUGCAGAAUGACCUACUCAAAGAAACCCAAGCUUGCCAAACACAAUCAUUGCUAUUUGAAGAUGACAGUGAAGAAAGGCAACAAAACCAUGUACACCACAGACUGUGUCAGUCGAUAUUAUCAUUAUUUGCGGAAUGGAACUGUAAGGCAUCAUGAGUAUCGACUGAGAGAACCAGGAAACUACUCUUUUUCAGCUUUGUUCCAUCAUGAAGACGAGGCCAACAUUUCAUUUGUCAGCUAUGAAGCAAGAAUACAUUACGUUCACAUUUUCGGUGCUGUACAGGGUUCAUCAAAAGCUUGUGUUGAAUGUCCUGCUGGAACCAAAGCAGAGAAGAAUCUUUGUGUGAAAUGUCCCGUUGGUACAUACAGUAGAAAUGGAUCCACUACUUGUACGCCUUGCCCGAAUGGCUCAUUUAGUGACGUGGAAGGGAGCAAGAAAUGUAUACCUUGUGGGUCGGGCACGACUUCAAAUGCAAUGAGAGAUGGAUGCGACUAUGGUAAUUGUACUUUCUCACCAGCAGAGGGGAUCGUGUACGACCUAUCACCUCUAAAAGUUGUCAACGGAUCAAUGUACAGAGUUCGAAAUUAUAACAAAAAGGCACAUUACUACUUCCCAUUGAUAUAUCACAUCAAUAUAUGCUCAUUGUCGCAUGAUAAUUCGUCGUGUUUGGUAAAGAAGAGAAGGAUUAAUCAAAACCAUCCACAAAAAAAGCUAGAAGUUUACAAAGAGAUAUAUUUGAAAACAAUGGCCUGCAAACGCUGGUCGUUUGAUAAAUACCAAAGCUAUCCUAUUGGACGCGUGUUGAACUUCCUCCCGUUAAAAAAUGUUUCGUCCGGCCUUAUGAUUAAUUUGACGCAUGGAUAUCAAUGUUGGCACAAACCAACCAGUCAGCACGUUGCUGCAUCUACCAGCAUCAUUAUGUUGUGUGAUCCAAACGCAGGGGUUGGUAAACCAGAAGCUCGAAGCAAUGACACAUCUAUUGAUAAAUAUUGCCAUUACGAAUUACUUUGGCGAACAGUAUACGCAUGUCCGUUAUGUCGCGACAAAGAUUAUUCCAAAGUAUAUUCCAAAUGCAUCCAUGGUAAACGAUAUGUCACAAACUCGCGGUUAACAGGUUGUCGGUUAAAUGAUAAUUAUAAGAAUUUAAUGGUGGAAAUUCAAAACUGCUCAACAGAUGAUCAAGAGUCCGGUUCGAGCAACAAUAAAAGGCUCGUGAUUGUGCUGAUCGUAUUGGCUUUGAUUAUUGCCAUCCUUAUCGUGUUUGUCGUCUACUAUGCGAGGAGGAAUCGAUAUCUACGCGACACCAUAUUUCUACCAGGAAAAUCGUUCUCUAAAGUGCAGGACGAUGAAGACGAACUCGUCGAUAAUAUGCAUAUGUAGAGAGUUGCAGAUUCAUGUCGGCAAGGUGUAUUGUUGUGAUGUGACGACGAAAUGUAAAUAUUAGUUAAAACAUGGAGAUGAAAACCAUUAUAAAGCCAGAAGGGUAGCUAUUAAGUUGUUCAUUUUGUAAAAAACUUGGGUUACAUUAUAUUCUUGCUCGGUUAGUUUUCGCAGAGACGUUUUUAAACGCCAUUUUUACAUUGUUUCAUCAUAACAAUAAUGAGAAAGCCGUUUACAUAUAACUUUCUGUUGUGGUUUACCAUAUUUAACUUGUAAAUUUUCAAUAAAGAACAAAUCAUAUACUGUCUAGAAUCUUGAUUUGAUAAUUGUUAACUUAUAAAAGGGUACCAUGAUAUAUUAUUACCUUCUUAUCAUAUGUGUCCGGUAUCCACAUUCAUUGUUCCAUUAGACAAAAAUAAUUUACUUUUAUAUUAGUUUUUACGGUCAGCCUGUACAUUUAUUUACUACUGAAAUAUUCGUGUUGAUCACCCUCUAAUCUCCGCCCUUUAAUCACCGCCUUUUAAUUACUGCCCUUUAGAUACCGCCCUUUAUCUACCGCCCUCUAAUUAUCGCCCUCUAAUUACAACUCUGUGAUACUAACCAUGAUUUUUUUUUAUGUAAGUUUAAAAUAUUUAUGUCUAUUCUGAAUAUUUGGAUUUAUUUUGUAAGAACUUUAACAGGAUAAAAAGUCUUUUAAUUUUUGUCAAAAUAGAAUUCAAAUAACUUUAAUACAUGGCUUAAAUCUAUACUUUUUAAACUUUUGCUCAUUUUUCUUUGGUAUGCAUUGUAUUAAGACAUCUAAGUCAUAUAUUUAAACUACAAUCAAACUUGGACAAUCAAUGCGACGAUUUGCACGAACUGGCGUUUCGUCAAAGACUCCAAUAAUCUAUGCGAAUGCCCGCUUUUAGUUUUUGUGUAUAUUAAAUGUUAUGUAACGCAUAAUCAUACGGUUUUGAUUUUAAAGUAAUGUAGUUAAUUGUGUCAGUUAAAAAGAGAAUGAUGAAGUAAAAUAGGGACUGUUGAGCUUUGAAUUGUUUUAAGGAUCGGGUAAUACAACACCAAUUCGCAGUCUAAUUAACCUUGUCAUUCUCCUUUAAAUUGUUUAUGCUUUUAUGUACUUUUUAUCAAGUUAUAUAUUUAAUCAGAUUUUAAAUGCUUUAAAUGAUUUCACUUGAUUUGUAGCGAAAUAUUAUCCAAACUUCUCUGUAAAUAAAUAUACCAACGAGAAAACCAAUAA